CUAUAGGAUAGACGCACAAUUAGACUAUAUACUAGUACUAUUUAUUACUCCGUAGUAGCAUUUUUCGAUUUUUUUGUUUUUAUUUAUCAGUUUAUUAGAAGUAUAAUUCGUCAUUUUCUACUUAUCAGUGACCGAAGUUACGUGAUCGGAGAAUACCAACAACAAACCCAACCCCCUAGAAAGAUGGCUCUCAGAUUGUGUUUUUAUCCAUAUCCACCCCCUCUGCUUCUGCUUCUGCUGCUUCUUGUUCCUCUUAUUUUCCUAUCUAACUUCCCUGUAAUCUUAGCCCACAACGAUGAAGACCCAACAAUCAAAACUAUGGAGGCUUUCUCUGGGUAUCCGAUUCACGAACCCCACUUGCCCAACUCUCUAUCUUCACUAUCAGUGGAUGCCCAAAGUUUGCAGAAACAGAUUGAUGAGCUGUCAACUUUCUCGGAUACACCUGCCCCUUCAGUAACUAGGAUCCUGUACAGCGAGAAGGAUGUAUUGGCUAGGAGGUAUGUCAAAAGUUUGAUGGAGCUUUCUGGUCUCUUUGUCAAAGAGGAUGCUGUUGGUAAUAUAUUUGGUCGUUGGGAUGGCUAUGAACCAGAUCUUGCUGCAGUUUCAACAGGAUCUCAUAUUGAUGCCAUUCCAUACUCUGGGAAAUAUGACGGAGUUGUGGGUGUUUUGGGUGCAAUAGAAGCCAUUAAUGUACUCAAAAGGUCUGGCUUUCAGCCUAAAAGGUCGCUGGAGGUUAUCAUGUUCACCUCAGAAGAGCCUACAAGGUUUGGGAUCAGCUGCUUGGGAAGCCGUUUAUUGGCAGGAAGUGAGACACUGGAGAAGGCUCUCAAGAAGACAGUUGACACUCAAAAUAUAUCCUUUUUUGAUGCUGCAAGGUCUGCUGGUUAUGCAAAGGAUCUAGACACCUUAUCCAGUGUCUUUCUAAAGAAAGGAAGCUAUUCGGCUUUUGUGGAGCUGCACAUAGAGCAAGGCCCUGUUCUGGAGGAAGAAGCUGUUUCUAUUGGUAUUGUGACUGCAAUUGCUGCUCCUGCAAGCAUUAAAGUUGAUUUUGAAGGCAAUGGAGGCCAUGCAGGCGCUGUCCUAAUGCCGAAUAGAAAUGAUGCAGGACUGGCUGCUGCUGAGUUAGCACUCACCGUGGAGAAACAUGUACUAGAAUCUGGAUCUAUUGACACUGUCGGUACUGUUGGCAUUCUGGAUCUGCAUCCUGGAGCAAUCAACAGCAUCCCAAGCAAAUCACACUUGGAAAUAGAUACACGAGACAUUGAUGAAAAUCGAAGAAACAUUGUAAUUAAAAAAAUUCAUCAAUCUGCUUUAACCAUAGCCACAAACCGUGGUGUCAAGCUAUCAGAAUUUAACAUUGUCAAUCAGGAUCCACCAGCCCUUUCUGAAGAAUCAAUAAUCAAAGCAAUGGAAGCUGCAUCCCAAGAGCUAAACCUGACUCGCAAGUUGAUGAUUAGCAGAGCUUAUCAUGACUCACUGUUCAUGGCAAGAAUAUCUCCGAUGGGCAUGAUAUUCAUUCCAUGUUACAAAGGAUAUAGCCAUAAACCUGAAGAAUUUUCCUCCAUUGAGGAUAUUGCAAAUGGGGUCAAGGUACUGGCUCUGACACUUGCCAAGUUGUCCCUGGUCUGAAGCCCUGAGAAGAAUUAUUGUCAAAGCUUUGCUUCUAAUAGCUCAAACCUUUUAAAGACGAUUGCUUCUAGUGGAACUCUCAUGUAAAGUGUGGAAAAGAAAAUCGGCGAAUUAUAGCAUUCGAGAUUUUAGUGUUUGCAAAUUUUACUAUGAACAAUUGGUAUCAAUUGCAAAUUUUACUAUGAGCACCUGA